AUGACGAACAGAAGAUCUGCCAGCUACGAUUCACAGCGCGUGAAAGUCCCCGGUUCCCAAUAUGCUCAGUACAAUUCAGCUCAGGAUUCACUGCAACUGCAGAACACACAAAUGAGAAACGUGAAACCUCGAAUGGCCUCGGAUUCGGUGAUUUACGACAAGUACAGUGAUCUAUCAUAUUACAAACCACCACAAACUCAGUACCACUCCCUGGGAUCAAAUUCAGAGAGAGCCAGUUUUGACUCAGUUUAUAGCUCAAGCGCAAGCCAAUCGUUUCGUACCCCUGUUAGUCAAGAAUUCAACCACGGUGGUGGUGGUGGUGGUACUGGUAGUGCCGCCAGCUCUGUACUACCCUAUCCAACUCUGGAUUUGAACACCAUAAGUCCUGUUCCUGAGUCCCCGGAGGCAGAGUCGAGCAAACAAGGAGGGUCUUCCUCUCCGUCAAAAUCCAUGACUAAUAGUUUUACUUCUAACGCUAUAGGAUCCAUAAUAGGGAGCUACAACUACAGCCAGAGCUCUUUCGGGCUUGAGAGGAAGUCAACUUCACCUGAAUUGAUGAAGCAGACCUCGAGUGAUUCAUACACAAGGAUUGGUCUGGAAAAUAGUCGGUCCACUAUGUCACAUCGGCGACAAAGUUCUGAUACGUCUACUUUAUCAAACAUUUCAUCAAAUGAACAACAAAACAAGAGUAAGCGUUUUGCUAGGUAUGCCAUGAACACGCAAGCGGAUUCAGUAAAUCAGCCAAGGAGGUGGGAUAUCGACAGUGUUAUUUCGUGGUUGAAGGAACAUCAGUUCAAUACAUCGUGGCAAGAGACUUUCAAGAAUAAUGAGAUAUCAGGAAACCGGUUUUUGGAAUUGGAGAAUUUUGACAAAAACUCAAUGAUUUGGAAACAAUUUUCAAAAUAUUUGAAGCUUGAUUCUGAUGCCAAUUCAAUUGAACGGUUUAUCGAGCUACUACGACAUGAAACUGAAAAUGAGUCGCUGGGAAAGGAUGCCUCUUUGUUAUCUGCAAUUGCCAAGAAUGAAAACAGGAAAUCGACGCCAGUGUUUACAAAACACAAGUCCAGCUCGUCUGUGACAUCAAUAAACUCGGCACCGUUUUCAACUCAGAGACCGGUAUCGUUCGUUGAUGCGAGAUCCAAGGAGCAGCAUCCUUCUACUUCAAGUCACCUGCUAUUUCGAAUAAAUAAAAGCGUCUCGAAUGAGGGGGACGCAAGGAGAAAGAGUCUGGCUCUUGAUGAGAAUAAAAGACUUUCGAAAUUGGACUUUACAAAAAACGGUAGAAUUCUUAAUACAAUUAGAAAGUACGGUGGAGACAGGGCCGUUGGUAUGGUGAAGGCAUCUACAGGACGACAAAGCAAUCGAAAUAGUACAGUACUGAUGAACUCUACUCAGCUGUCAGAAAAGCAGGAGUUUGAAAGUCUAUCCCCAACAUUGAUACCUCCAAGACCAACAGCUAGUAGGACAUCGAUAGAUAGUGCAAACUCUGGGAGCUCGGUUCCAUCAUUUCGAAUUGAAAAGUAUGAUGAGUUGCCAUCACCGUUGGAUGAGGAAUACAUGCCGCAAAAGUUUCUGCAAGAAACUGCAAAGACUAUCUUGCUUAGUCGUGACAACAGGUCGUUUAUUCCGUAUUCGUUGGCGAAUGACGACGUGGACGACAUUAGUUUGCUCAGGCUGAAAAUGAUUCUGCAUUUGGGAAUGGUAGAUAUGGGCACGAUAACCAUACACUUGACUGAUUUCAAUGCGACUGAGGGCGGGGCGUUGCCCGAUGAUUUGUUAUACAAGAUACUUUGUCAGGACUCAGAAUCGAUGGCGAAGUUUGUGGUUAGACAGGAUAUUGGCUCACCAGGGACAACGAUUAAAACCAUUUCCACGUUUUCGUCGGAUUCCAAAUCCUUUGAAACUAGUGAUGAGCAUAGGACAUACCCGGAAACCCCACAAUAUCUAUUGCAGACCACUAAUGUUGCCAAAGUUGACUAUUUGAACUUUAAGGAGCAUGCCAAUUUGUCGAAAAUUUCUGAAAAUCCGAAAUCUUUAUCGAGAGGAACUCAAACUGAUAUUUCAAUUCAACACGAGCAAAAGACAAAUGAACCAGAGCCAUUUUCAAAUGAAUUGAGUAGAAAUUUUGAUCAACUAAGACGCAAAUCCAGUCUUCACAAUUUCCCAUUGAAAUUCCCAUUUCGAACCAAUAGUAAAAAGAAAACUCCCUUGCUCCAGAUUGAUACAACUGGCAUAAGCAGUCUGAGAAACUCAUCCAUAUCUCCUGAAUCUGCAGGGGGCUCGUCAUUCAAGGUGAUUAGAAAAAGCGGUAACGAAAUAAAUUUUGAUGAGAGACGGAAAUCGCCAUUUGAGAGGAAAGCGCCAAAGUUGAUUGCAAAUAUAUAUGAAUCUUCAUUAUCUGAUUACAAAAGUUCGCCCAUUUCAGCAACCACUGUCAUGACAUUGAGAGAUGAUCCUAAGGAUUCUGUGUUGAAAAAAAGUGUUAGUCAACGGAGUGACCUAAGGGCAACGGCGACGGCGACGGCGACGGCAGCCGCGGCGGCGGCAGCGUCAGACUCUAUCAAGGCACGGAGAGCCGCUCCGCCACCUCCGAUUUCAGUGGAUAAACGAUCGCGGAUAUUACGAGACCGCAAUUCUGCGUUGUUCAAUGGUCAUGCCUUGCAUUCCCCUAGCUCGAGCAUUAGUAGAGAUGCUGAUGCGGAUAGUGAUGAUGACUUUUUCGUAAAGCCAAUGAGUAGGAAAGGUGUGCUCGGUGAUACAAGGGCCCAUGACAAGGAUGAGGAUGAGGAUGAAAAUGAGAAUGAGAAUGAGAAUGAGGAGGAGGUAGCAUCAAGACAUUCCGAAGAUACUGAUUCGGAAAGUGACUUUUUUGCGAAACCAAUGAGGAGGCAGCGGACGCUUCAAAUGUCAGUUCGGCCGCCCGUUGAGGAUCUUUAUGAUAAUUUGGAAAUCUAUUUCCCUCACACCAAUCUCGACAAGCCUAUAAUUGAUGAGGAGACUCCGGCACAGCCAAUUAAGGAAAAAACGCCGUCCAUAUCACGGACUUUUUCAAAUGCCAAUAUAUCUCCUGUCAAUCCAGAGGAGAGGGAAUCUACAAGCAAUGCCAGGGUUCGGCGAAUGAAGACAAUUAGAGGUGUUGCUAAUGAGGCACGUCGUAAAGCAUUGAAACAAAAGCAGCAAUCGCCACCUAUUACAUUUGCCAAUAUUUCAAGAGAAAAUAGUAAGAGGUUGACAAGAUCAAAUACCAAGAUGUGGGGACAAAAGGUUUUUGAAGUUACGAGUCGUGAAAUUGAAAAGGGCGUUGUUAAUAAAUUCCAAAACAAGAAUGGUAGGUAUCAGGAAUUUGCGUGGAUUAAGGGGGAAUUGAUUGGACGGGGUUCUUUUGGUGAUGUAUAUUUGGGGUUGAAUGUGACCACAGGUGAGAUGUUGGCGGUGAAGCAGGUUGUCAAGAGUAACAAAUUAGAUCUUGAAGGAAUAAUGGCGUUGCACAAGGAGGUUGAGACAAUGAAGGACUUGGAUCACAAGCAUAUUGUGCAGUAUCUUGGGUAUGAGCAAAAUAACAACACCUACAGUUUAUUUUUGGAGUAUGUUGCUGGUGGGUCGAUUGCCAUGUGUCUUAAAUCGUAUGGUAGAUUUGAUGAAACCUUGAUUCGAAUAAUAACCAAGCAAGUGUUGCUUGGGUUGGAGUACCUCCAUUCCAACAAUAUUAUUCAUCGGGACUUGAAAGCGGACAAUUUGUUGUUGGAUAUUGACGGUACUUGCAAGAUUUCUGAUUUUGGGAUUUCACGAAAAAACAAUGACAUAUAUAGCAACGCUAAUAUGUCGAUGAAGGGGACCAUAUUUUGGAUGGCUCCUGAGGUUAUUGAUAAUAUGGUGGAGGGGUAUAGUGCUAAAGUUGAUAUUUGGUCCUUGGGAUGUGUUGUUUUGGAGAUGUUUGCAGGAAAACGUCCUUGGUCGAAUGAGGCUGCAAUUAGUGUUAUUUAUAAAGCUGGAAAGGAAAAGAAGGCCCCACCAAUACCUAAGGAUAUUGCACAUUUGGUUAGUAAAGAAGCUGAGAAUUUCAUAAACCGGUGUUUUGUUAUAGAUCCGGCAUUGAGACCAACUGCUGAAGAGUUGUUGAAUGAUCCGUUUGUUACCACUACGCGAGAGUUCAAUUUCGCGUCGACUGAGUUGGGACGACUUAUAAAGAUUAAUAGUAAAGUAUAUCCAAUGUAA